GGUUAGCUCAAGCUUGGAGAGAGAACCUACUUGAGCUCGAGCAUCUCAACUUGCUAUCGAUGUAUUCAGUCUCUCGUAGACCUCGUCCAUCAUGGCUCCUCUCAGGUCGAUUAUCGCGGCUCUUGCUUUACUGAGUGUCAAGGCUCUGGCCGCUACGUCGAUCGACAACAAAACUUAUGAGUACAUUGUUGUAGGCUCUGGACCUGGCGGUGGACCGCUUGCUUCCAAUCUUGCCAGAGCCGGUCACUCUGUGCUGCUCCUUGAAGCUGGAGAUGACCAGACGGAGAACGUCAACGUUUCGAAUUGGUUGAACUUCAAUAUAGCAGGCAACGAUCCGGCCACACGAUGGGAUUUCUUCGUGAAGCACUCUGAUGACGAAGCCAGGGAAGCAAGAUACUUGCAUAGAACUUGGCGUAAGCCAGAUGGAAGCUUCUACGUUGGCACUGUGCCCCCCGAAGACUCUACCGCUCUGGGAAUUUACUACCCACGCGCAGGCACUCUAGGAGGCUGUGCUAUGCAUAAUGGCUGCUUGACGAUGAAUCCCAACGAUGCGGAUUGGGAUGAGAUCGCUGACAUGACUGGAGACGACACUUGGUCGCAUGAGAAUAUGAGAAAAUAUCUUGUCAAGCUUGAGAAAGUGCAUUACAACAGCACAUACGAACAUGGUCAUGACGGUUGGCUCGAUAUGACUAUGAUGGAUCCUGGCUACACGACCAGCGCAGAUGCCAAACAGCUCAGCGGAUUAGCUGCGCAAGCUGCGGGCUACUCUAUGUCUUCUACCUCAACACUACUACAGCGCGACAUGAACGGGGCUCAAUCCGAUCGCGAUCAUCUUGUCGGACCAUUUGGAGGGGUCUCUCAUAUCAACCCCAAUGGACGUCGGUCGUCGCCCGGCUACUACGCUCGAGAUACGGCUGCUUCCGGCAAGUAUCCUCUGACUAUCUCGCUGGACACGUUAGCAACCAAGAUCAUCUUCGACAAAGCUUCUCUCGGUCUUCCAAAAGCGAUCGGUAUUGAGUACCUGCAUGGGAAGAGUCUCUACAGUGCUGAUCCUCGUUACAACUCCAACGUCAAAGGCGUUGCGGGGAAGGUGUUCGCGUCAAAGGAAGUGAUCAUCUCUGGAGGAGCUUUCAACUCACCACAGCUCCUUAUGCUUUCCGGUAUCGGUCCGCUUAAGCAACUUGCCAAGUUUAACAUUGCACCAGUGGUAGACUCGCCUGGUGUGGGCAAACAGAUGGCUGACAACUAUGAGGCUGGUAUCUUAUCGCUAGGCAAUCGUCCCGUUACUGGCAUGUCGGAGGUCUUUCCGAACUUUUGGAAGACUUCUACUUCGCAACUGGGGAUCCGAGACAUCUAUAUGUGGUGUGGUUCUUUUCUCUUCGAGGGGUUCUGGCCAGGCUUUCCCAACCGACCUCCGUACUUUAAUGAGACCUACGGCCCAGCGCAGUACGAAUGCGCAAUGGUUCAUAUGAACCCACGCUCCCAAGCGGGUACCGUUGAACUUCGAUCUGCUGACCCGCGUGACGUUCCUGCCAUUAACCUCAACUUCUUCAAAGAUGGAGCAGAGGAAGAUCUUCAAGCUAUCUACGAGGGUGCCGAAUGGGUACGUUCCUGGUUGUCGAAAGUAGAUCCAUCGGCACCUGACUCGUUGGCUCCUUUCCGCGAGCUGCAUCCAUGUGAAGGCGUGAUUGGGAAGCAAAACUGUACAAUCGAGAGCCAGAAGGCGUACAUAAAAGAGCAGGCCUACAGCCACCAUGCUAGUAGUAGUUGCAGGAUUGGUGCUGAUGGAGACAAGUACGCCGUACUGGAUAGCAAGUUCAGAGUGAGAGGAACAAGGGGUUUACGAGUUGUGGAUGCAAGCUCGUUUCCUAAGGUGCCUGGAGGCUUCCCAGUGCUGCCUACUAUGAUGAUCAGCGAGAAAGCUACCGAGGAUGUCCUCGCUGACACGUAA